ACCUCAGUGUCUCGAACUCGGCAACUAGCGGGCUGUAUGGCUCAUUGAGCUACAAAGCUAGCUACAUUUGUUGCCAGUGGUAGUAGCACAGACCGUUUCUAAACCUGUACUGUAUUUGGCAGUUAGCCUACUACUUUUGUACACGAUGCUGACCCCCUAGUGCCAGGCACUUAACAACACUACCAUGGACAUUCCGUCUGCAUCUACGUGAACCGCGAUAGAGGGCUAGUAAGCAAGCAAGCUAACUUUUUGCCUGAUUUAAAAACAUCCUCUUGAUGCGUGAUUGCAUUAAUACAAAUAAUGGUUUAGACGAUUAUAAGCUAUAGUCAUGAAUCUUCGGGGAUUCUUCCAAGAUUUCAACCCCAGUAAGUUCCUCAUCUAUGCCUGCCUGCUGCUGUUUUCGGUUCUGCUGUCGCUGCGUCUGGAUGGCAUCAUCCAAUGGAGUUAUUGGGCUGUCUUUGCCCCCAUAUGGCUAUGGAAGCUCACGGUCAUCAUCGGUGCCUCAGUGGGCACAGGCGUCUGGGCCCACAACCCACAGUACAGGGCUGAGGGUGAAACCUGUGUGGAGUUCAAGGCCAUGCUGAUUGCUGUUGGGAUCCACCUGCUCCUACUCACCUUUGAGGUGCUGGUGUGUGACCGUGUGGAGAGGGGCACUCACUUCUGGCUGCUGGUCUUCAUGCCCCUCUUCUUUGUCUCACCUGUCUCUGUUGCAGCCUGUGUGUGGGGCUUCCGGCAUGAUCGCUCUCUAGAGUUGGAGAUCUUGUGCUCGGUCAAUAUUCUUCAGUUUAUCUUCAUUGCCCUGCGACUAGAUAAAAUCAUCAGUUGGCCUUGGCUGGUUGUCUGUGUGCCACUGUGGAUCGUCAUGUCCUUCCUGUGCCUUGUGGUACUCUACUACAUUGUGUGGUCAGUGCUCUUUCUGCGGUCUAUGGACCUCAUUGCAGAGCAACGGCGUACUCACAUCACCAUGGCGAUCAGCUGGAUGACAAUCGUUGUACCAUUGCUAACUUUUGAGAUCCUGUUGGUCCAUAAAUUGGAUGGCCACUACGGCUCCAGCUAUGUGUCAGUAUUCGUGCCUCUCUGGCUAUCCCUGGUGACUCUGAUGGCCACGACCUUUGGCCAGAAAGGAGGCAACCACUGGUGGUUUGGCAUCCGAAAAGACUUCUGCCAGUUUCUUCUUGAGCUCUUUCCCUUCCUGCGGGAGUAUGGGAACGUUUCCUACGACCUGCACCACGAGGACGCUGAGGUGUCCGUGGAGAUGCCUGCACACGACCCGCCAAAAAUAGCCCCCAUGUUCCGCAAAAAGACUGGUGUGGUGAUCACACAGAGCCCAGGGAAGUACUUUGUGCCUCCUCCAAAACUGUGCAUUGACAUGCCUGACUAAAUUAAAGCUUUGCAACAACUGCUCUAGAGCUUUGAUGGACUUCACAUGCACCAGACAGCUGUGGUGCACUGACCACCCAUUUAAAGAAGAGGCAGAAGAGCAUAGUUUCCAUGUGGCUCACUCCUAGUGAGCCGUGGGACUGGAAUUCGGACCUGACUUUUUAGCAAAAACUAAAAACCAUGGCAGAGUUUGUGGAACAAAAGGUACGGUAACACUUUAUUUGGAUAGUCCAUCUGUAGAUGCUGUACACACAAUCAGUAACAUUUCAACUAUGUACUAACCUUAACCCUAGACCUUAUUCUAACCCUAACUGUAACAAGCAGUUGCUUAUCAACAGAUAGUUUGUUAAUAGUAGGGAUUAACUGUCCCGGGAACAUACAUCACAUUUCCUGAAAAGAUUUAAUGACCAGACCUGGGAAAUAACAAAAAAAAAUCCCCAAUGUUGCACUAAUGCAAUUCCACAAAAUACACGUGCAGCAGCUGAUUAGCAAAAAAUUAAAUAGCACAUUAUCCAAACAGGUUGUUGCAUGGAAGCCUUUAGCCUAGCAUAUUUAUUAAAUAUAAAGACGCCAUAAAUUCAAAGCACAUGCAUAAUUGACACUGCCAGACUGCACACUCGACCCGAAUGCAGUUAAACCCUACAGUAUAGCCUAUAAAAUAAUGUGUGCCUCUUUGAGCUGUCAUUGUGACUCUUAAGACAGUCACAAAUUUGAUAGGCCUAUGCACAAUUCACUACAUAGGCAUCUCUGUCACAAUUCAGAGGCACGAGGGAAAAUUGUAUCUUCUCCUGUCUUAGAGCCGGGGCAAUUUUUCUAUCCAGUCCCAAUCCCACUGAAACUCAAAAUUCUGACCUUAUUCUGUAAUCCAUAGGUUGCAUUAUCAAAGGAUGUCUUUCACCUAUGCAUGUCAAAAUAAUGCAAUAAUAUUUCCCCCGCUUCUCUGCGGGGUCUCGUCCUUGCUUCCCAUGUGAGUUUCGGUAGAGAAUGUGUGAUCAACAAACGGCAUGAGAGUAGAUAUGGACAUCUUUUAAACACAGUUGGUCCCCGUUAAGAUACUUUAUGUUAAAUGAUUUCCACUCUUCAUCUCCCUGUUAUUCAUGAGCUUUUCUGCUAUAUAAUCAUCAACUCGAUUUUGCCAAACAUAGGACAUAUUCUGUCAUUCGUUGGAGUUUAUCUAGCAAGUUUAGCAACUUUGACUUUGGUUUGACUGACGUUACAAAUGUUGCGUGAUUCGACAAUGCUGUACUCUCUGUGCGCCAUGAAUGCACUCUGUCGAGACUAGCCUACUUCUGAAAUGCGCUGAAUUAAUUGAGGAAUAUGACAACACUAUGAAUUUAUGAAUGGCCUGUUUCGCAGUUACACUAUCAUUACUAAAUAUCAGUUUAAUUUGCUCUGAAAUCUUUAAAUAGUGACGCAGCCAAGCCAACAAGGUGGCACAGUAACCAUGUCUUGGUUUAAAACCCUUUAAAUGGACACUUCUGGUUUUUGCGGUGUUCCCCGGGACUGUAGGGAUAAAUAUGAAUUAUUCUCAGUAUUUAAACUUGGUAGAUUUUCGGGAAAAUAUGAAGUUGGUAGUAUGAACAUCUUUAGAGCAUCUACAGAUGGACUAUCCAGAUAAAGUGUGACCAAAGGCACUCUUAUAUCAUGGUGAGUUUUUCUAUUGUUUUGACAGUGGAACAAGAAGAUCCUUUUCAUUUAUGUGAUAUGAUAUACUGUACAGUACUUUUCAUUUAUGUGAUAUGAUAUACUGUACAGUACUUUUCAUUUAUGUGAUAUGAUAUACUGUACAGUACUUUUCAUUUAUGUGAUAUGAUAUACUGUACAGUACUUUUUAUUUCCCUUGUGAUGUUUUGGCCAACAAAAUCUCCAAAGAGAUUUUAAUAUUCAGAUGUCUUGCACCUUUAACUGGAAUCAUGUGAAUUAUAUGCGUGUCAGAAGUUGUGCUAGCAAAUUUCGCAAACCCUGAAUCUUUGCAUCAACGCUUGGAUGAUACUGAAUGGAUGAUACUGUACCAAGAUCAUGCUUAUUGGCUAACUGUUUUAAAUCUAAGAUUAGCUUGCUACUUGGGGAUAUUUUCUUUUGUUUUAUUAAAUAAUUUAACACUUUGAGUAACAUUUGUUGUAAUAUAGUAGUGUAUGAUAUAGGAUUAUACCCUAAUACACAUGUGUAUUUGGAUAGUUUUGCGUUCUUGAGGUCUUGUCCUGUGUAUUUAAGUUACUCAACAACCUUGUCCCUCUAGCAACCCUUUUUAUAUGGCAGGAUGACAUCAUUGUUGCGCCUAGUAGUUGACCUUUGCUGUUACCAUAAUGAAUCUGAUUCAGGGUGCACAACUUCACCUCGAAGUUCCUACUAGUGUGUGCUGUUUUUUUAGUUAAACCUGAGUAUUCUGGGUAAACCACCAGCCUGCCUCUUCUACCUUGCCAGGUCUGCAUUGGGUGAUGAGUAAAGGAGAACCUGCAGUGCUGCUUCUAUAUAAUUUUACCUGUGUAAAAUGCUUUCUUGGUGAAAUUCUCACCUUAACACAAAAUGGUACCCCCCCCCCCCCAUUCCCCUUUGAACUUCUAACAUAUCCCAUUGUUUGUUUUGUCUAUAUUCUGUGACCACUCUCUCGGCUGGCCUGAGAGUUAAGCAUUACUUAUUUGAAAACACUGGCUGGGGAUGGACCAAUGGUAUACUUUCCCCUCUAUUGUACCUUGUUUCUUACCCUCCACCAUACAAUAUAGCUAUUUUUUUUCUUCUGGCAAGCACUUUAAUACAAAUGUUAAAUAUAUACUUGCUCCAAGUGGCUGAUAACUAACCAAUAACAAACAAUAAAGUUAUUUAAAAUUGUA